AUGGACUGGCCAUGGUUCCAGCGGGGCUCUGCCUGCACUCCCGAUGCCAGCGGCCUCUCCGCGGGAGCCGGGGCUGGUGAGCGCGGGCUCGGUGGGUCCGCGCGGCUCGGCUCGCGGCUGGGCUUAGCGAGCUGGGGAUGCUCCGUGGACCACUCCUGUCUCUCUGCCGCCCUCUGCUGGCUGCUCGCGCGCUCCGCGGCCAGCCCGGGACGAGGCCUGCGCGGGACUCACCUGCCGGACGAGGCGGGCGCUCUCCCCCCACACGCCCAGGGCCAGGCCCGCUCUGGCAAAGCCCUGCUCCCCGGCCAGGUGGGGUCGGCACCCGGGGCGGCGCGGCGGAGGCUCCCGCGGCGGGCGCUAGCGCAGUACCUGCUCCUUCUGCGGCUCUACCCGGUGCUCACCAAGGCAACCACCAGUGGCAUUUUGUUAGCACUUGGGAACUUACUGGCCCAGACAAUUGAGAAGAAACGGAAAAAAGAAAACUCUGAAAAUCUAGACAUCAGUGGGCCUCUCAGAUAUGCGAUUUAUGGGUUCUUCUUCACAGGGCCGCUGAGCCGUUUCUUCUACCUCCUCAUGGAAAGCUGGAUCCCUUCUGCGGUUCCCUCGGCAGGGAUCAAGAGGCUCCUCUUGGACCGUCUGCUCUUUGCACCGGCCUUCCUGUUGCUGUUCUUCCUCAUCAUGAACUUUCUGGAGGGGAAGGACACGUCUGCCGUCGCCGCCAGGAUGCGGAGCGGCUUCUGGCCGGCGCUGUGGAUGAACUGGAGGGUCUGGACGCCCGUGCAAUUCAUUAACGUCAACUACGUCCCCGUGCAGUUCCGGGUGCUUUUUGGCAACCGGGUGGCUCUGUUCUGGUAUGUCUACCUGGCCUCUCUGGGGAAGUGAAGA